AUGACAUCGACAUACCAAAAUCAAAAAGAACUUAUCAAUGCUCAAAAUGGAACAUAUGAGGUGAUAAAAGCGAUUGCGACUGGUAAUUUUGGAUCGGUUUAUAAAGCGAAACGUGAGCAAGAUGGCAAAGAAUUUGUCAUCAAAUGUGAAUCAUUGAAAAUGAAGAGUUCGGUAAGAUACUGUAGAAAUACUACAGUAUCUAUAUCGAACAAAUGAUUUUUCAGCUUCUUCGUCAAGCUUCAAUGGUUUUGGCAUCAUUGAAUUAUCCAUCACCAUAUUUUAUGUCAAUCGAAGAACGUGGCACGGUUCCAUUUCGAUUUCUAUUCGUUGUUAUGCCAUUAUAUGGUGAAAAUUUGAUUGAAGUUAUGAACAAUCAAUGUUCGAAUAAGAAGUUUAGUCUUGCUUCGGCUUUGCAUUUGGCUGAACAAUCAUUGUCGGCGAUUCGAGAUUUGCAUAGAGUUAGUUUUGUUGGAAAAUUUCUGGAAAAUUCAGGAAUUUUUGGUUUUUUUAGAGAAAGUGUUUGGUAGAAGUAAUAAAAACCACGAUUCGAUAAAAAAUAUACAAAAUUUUUGAAACCUAUUUUUUCGGGCUCAAAAAAUUCGCGCGUUUUUUCAUGAAAAUGUGAUUUUUGGGGACUUAGCUCAGUGGUAAGAUCAUUGUUUUUAAAUCUGAAGGUGACGAGUUCGAUUCCGCUCGCGAACAUUCAAUUUUUAUUUUUGGUUUCAAAAAGAAAAAAAAAAGUUGAAAGGUCGCAUGCGGCAUCGAACUCGCCACCCUCAGAUUCAAAACCCAGCGCUUUACCACUGAGCUAUUUGUCUUUUUCUUGGCAGACCGCAAAAUAUCCAAUAAAUAAACGCAGACCCCAAAAAUCACAUUUCCAUAACAAAAGCGGGAAUUUUUGGGUUUCAAAAAAAUCAAUUCUUUCGAAUUUUCAGAACGGUUUCAUUCACCGUGACAUCAAACCAACACAUUUUUGCAUUGGCCUCGAAGAAAACCAAACAAAUCAUCAAAUAUUCCUGAUCGAUUUCGGUCUCUGCCGCCGUCCACGAUAUGCGAAAGGCGAUGAAAACGAAGAAAUGAUUCGCAAAAAUUCGAUUUUGUAUCGCGGAGUCGUCAGAUAUGCCAGCCUAAACGCUCACGCAAAUAAAGAUCUUGGCUAUCGCGAUGACAUGGAAUCGUGGUGGUUUAUGUGUCUCGAAUUGUUCAUCGGCAAUCUUCCAUGGGGUCUAUUGAAUAAACAAUCGGAAAAAGAUGUGAUUAAUCUGAAGACGAGUCUGAAUGAUCCGAAUGUUUUGAAACCGGUUUGGAAAGUUCCGCCCGCCGCCAUUACUGUAUUUUUCGACAUGUUGCGAACAAUUCGAGCAACUCCUGAUAUUGCAGAUUUUGUUGAGUAUGAUCGAGUUGCCGAAGGGCUUCGUGCCAUUUUCGAAAUCACUAAAACAAAUCCACUUGAGCCACCAGAUUGGGAUGGAAUGUCUGAUUAUAAAGGACCAGCUUAUCAAUCAAUCGCAAGUUUGUUCUUAAUUAAUUAAUUAAUUAAUAACUUAGUAAUCAAGUGUUUUUAGUGAUUCCACCAGCUGAAGUUGGAAUGAAAGAGCAAGAUUUUGCACAAGGCGAAGGGAAUCUGAACAAUAAGGAAAAUCAGAAUCAGGACAACAAAAAGGCGACGAAAAAUAAUAAGAAAAAGACAAAAAAAUCGAAAAAGAAUAAAGGAGACAGAACUCGAACUGAAGAUAAUGAUGAAAAUGAGGGAAAUGAAACAAAGGAUAAGAAAAAAGGAAAGAAGAAACAUGGAAAAAAGAAUAAGACUAUUGAGGAAAAUUAG